AUGUCGGCACCAGAGAGUGGCCAGCGCGAGUUUUCCUCGUUGAACGAGGAUGACUGGAAGCGCAGGGCAAAUGAAGAUGAGGAGGCCAUCAUGCAGAUUCUGAGCGGCAGUCAACAGGGUGCUGAGGGUGGUAGCCUCCCAGCCGAUCUUUUGAACAUCAAAUUCAGCCAGGAGGGCAAAGCACACGAUGCCGAAGACUUCGAAGACAUCAGCGACGACGAUCUACCCGAAGAGGAGAAAGCGACACAUAACACCUCUGGAGACUUGCCUGGCUUGACCGAUGAUACGGGUGCGAGUAAUGAAACAGAUGAUUUGUUCGGCGACCAACUUUCGCCCACCCACGAUGGUGGCUUCCGGCUAUCUCCAGUACCGGGUAAAGAACUGAGCGACCUCGAAGCCGCAUAUGAUGCUGCCGUCGACAAAGCUUUUCGCGGCGAUGGCAAUAACGACAGCACCACAACCACUGGCUUGGAACCGGUCGCUGCCGACGAUCCUUUUACUGUGACUGAUAGGGACCGUGCUCUCAACUUCCCCGAAGACUACGGACACGAUACGAACCAAGAUCCGAAUAUCCCACCCGCUGCCGAAAAUCUCAUCGACCUGGUGAGACUAGCCUUUCCCUCGUUCGAAAAGGGCAAGAUCCUCAAUUUCAACGAACAACUUGCGCCGAAACCACUAUUUCUAUCCGAGAAGAAACCAACGAAGCCGCCGAAGCCCCUCAUUCCUGCUAAGCUCAGUAUUGAGUUUGAGGCGGACCAAGAAAAGUUGUUUCGCAUCCCAGGGACAGCCCAAGCAAGUGUGCAACAUCGGAUCCAAGACGCCGCCGCGAAAGGUUUCGUGUCAUUGCUCCAACCUGAGCCCAAAGAUGCCGAUAACGGCAACAUCUUCUUUGACUCCUUCGGUGAAGGCGAUGAAGACUCACCCGUCGGUGGUUUCCAGCUGAAAGAUUUCUCCAUCAUCUGCGCCGACUGGGACGACGUCGCGGGGCCUCUGACACCCCCGGCAGAAGAUGAUGAGGCUGCGGCCGGUUCUGUGCCAGGAAAGCGAAAGCUUGGGAAGGUGGCUGAACAGAAGGAACAGGACGAGUGGGAACGCGAAAUCCUAGGAUCCAUGCCGAUGGUGAAAAAGCGCAAGAUUAUCGUCGAGCGUGGCCUGCCUGCUAUUGCUCGCUAUGUAGCGCCGUCUUUUGAUGCGUUUGAAGAAGCCACAGCGCGAGCUGCCAAGCGCGUGUAUUUGGAUAUGUCUGACCACAGGCUGCUUCUGGAUGACGCCGACGCUGGACGCGCUGCCAAGCGGGUGAAGACGACGACCCCGGGCGAAAAGCGGCUGCCGAACGGCCGCCUGGGACGCAGUCUGGCGGCCCGGUUUAACUAUUCGAACGACCAAGCUUACGAGCAGCUGAAAGAGAACCACCAACACCGUGUACGGGCGCAGCUUAGCAACAUCCAGGUUGAGCACAGCAUUCCAGCUCUCAAGCUGUUAUGGCCUUACUACGCCAUCACACGUUAUGGUCCGGAGCCGCACGAUUAUCAUCGCCCACAGCUCAAGGUCACUAAGGGUAUCGGCUUUUCCGUUCGGGUUUCCAAGCUGCACAAGGUGGCAAAACGGGAGUGGAAGUUUAAGAAGAUCCAGGAGAUAUUUGCACAGUCCAAGGACCUGACUCUUGGCGACAACUCGACCGCUGUUCUUUUCGAAUAUUGCGAGGAGAUCCCAACGGUCAUGUCCAAUUUUGGCAUGGGAAACAAAAUCAUCAACUACUACCGGCGCAAGUCCAAGGUUGACGAAGAACGCCCACCAAAACCGGACUUGGGCGAACUGUCAUUCCUUUUGCCAGAAGAUAAAUCGCCGUUUUCCAAUUUCGGCUCUGUCGACCCCGGCGAGACGGUUCCUACCUUACACAACCCCAUGUUUCACGCGCCCAUUUUCAAGCACAAAGCGCGGUCGACGGAUUUCUUGUUUGGCCGAACACACACAAGCCAAGACGGAACGUCUUACUACCUGCGUAAGAUCGAUCAUCUCUUCGUGGUCGGGCAGACAUUCCCCCUUGCCGAGGUUCCAGGCCCACACUCGAGAAAGGUCACUGCCCUCAGCAAGAAUCGGCUGAAGAUGGUGGCCUACCGAAUGAUCUCUAAGAACGGAUCAGUCUCGUUGUCGGAUAUCACAUCGCAUGUCAAGGAUUCGAAUGACGCUCAGAACCGGCAGAAGCUCAAAGAGUUUCUUCACUACGACAAAGAAUCGAAGACAUGGGGUCUGAAGCCGAACGACACGCUGAUGGAUCUGGCGACAAUUAACAGUAUGAUCAAGCCAGACGAUGUUUGUCUACACGAUGCAAUGCAAGUAGGCCAGAACGAGCUGGCACAAAACGGGUACCAGCUCGACGACAACGCUGCGCUCGAUGACAUCGACGAUGAGAAUGACAAGGAAAACAUGGCUAUGAGCAUGGUACCAUGGAAGACCACAAAGUCAUUUAUCGACGCCUGCGCAGGAAAGGCUAUGCUUCAGCUACAUGGCGCGGGUGAUCCAACAGGAAAGGGCCUCGGCUUCAGUUUCAUCCGGACAUCCAUGAAGGGAGGGUUUAUGGGGGCCAUACAGGGUCCUGCGGCUACAUCUGCUGACGCUAUGGAGCGCGAGCGAAAGGCCAACAAUGGACACAUGUACAACGUAAAGAAGCAGGACGCUCUUUACAAUGAGGCCAUCCGCAAGAUCUGGACAUCUCAGCAGACCACGCUGGAAGACGAGACACCACAUGACGAUGAGGAUGUCCAGCCACAGGACGACGAAGACGACCGGUUCAUUCCGGCCAAGGAGCCUGUUGCUACGCCGGCACCUCAUCACCACGAUGAUGGGGUGAGCCAGAUGAGUCGGCCCAGCAUGUCAAACGCCCCUGAAAAGAGAAAGCUGCGCAUCACGCGAAUGUACCGGGAUGAAAAGACGGGCCAAACGUACUCCAAGACGGAGAUUGUUCAUGACCCGGGCGUCAUCUCUCAAUACAUGAGACAGCGGGCUUCAAUUGACAUGGAAAAGAUUGAUCCCUACUCGGUAAAACCUACCGGUAACGUUGAUUACGACCGUGUCCUGAUGCAACGACUCGAGACCGAGGAAGCUCGUCUACACCGGAACAAGGAGCGCCGGCAUGCUCGGGAAAAGCAAAAGGCUCUACAACAACAGAUCCACGAUGGGGACCCCGACUCGCCAGCCCCGUCGGUUGAGCGUGGAGGCACUACGACCCGAAAGUGUGCUAAUUGCGGACUGCAGGGCCAUAUCAAGACAAACAAAAAGCUUUGUCCAAUGCUCAACGGGACAUGGAAGGCCGAAAAAGGCGCAGAAGAGGGAGCGUUUGGCGUUUAUAACGCACCAGACGGGAUGAGUGGUCCUGCUUAA